CAACCUAACAUCAAACAGAAGUUUGUGGCCCUCCUGAAGCGGUUUAAAGUUUCAGACGAGGUGGGCUUUGGGCUGGAACACGUAUCCCGAGAACAGAUACGAGAAGUGGAAGAAGACUUGGACGAGCUGUAUGACAGUCUGGAGAUGUACAAUCCCAGCGACAGCGGCCCCGAGAUGGAGGAGACAGACAGCAUCCUUAGCACACCAAAGCCCAAGCUCAAGCCCUUCUUUGAGGGGAUGUCGCAGUCCAGCUCACAGACGGAGAUUGGCAGCCUCAACAGCAAGGCCAGCCUCGGCAAAGACACCACCAGCCCCAUGGAAAUGGCUGUUUUAGAAAAAGUCAAAUCUGCUUGGAUUAAAAAUCAAGAUGACAGCUUGACUGAAACAGACACUCUGGAAAUCACUGACCAGGACAUGUUUGGAGACGUGAGCACAAGUCUGGUCGUGCCCGAGAAAGUCAAAACUCCGAUGAAGUCCAGUAAAACGGACCUCCAGGGCUCUGCCUCUCCCAGCAAAGUGGACGGGCUGCACACCCCCCGGCAGAAGAGGAGCACCCCCCUGAAGGAGCGGCAGCUCUCCAAGCCCCUGAGCGAGAGAACCAACAGCUCCGACAGCGAGCGGUCCCCGGACCUGGGCCACAGCGCGCAGAUUCCAAGAAAGGUGGUAUAUGACCAGCUGAAUCAGAUCCUGGUGUCGGAUGCCGCCCGCCUGAGCUCUAGAGCCCACAGAGAGCAAGGGACUGACUUUCUCGUGACGGUCACGGGCCCUGGCGGGAACCACGAGGCUCCCGUGGUCACCGAGGGGAAGUAA